UCAUUGCGGCCGACCGGUCGGUCAGGACGGGUCUCCACCUCCUCCCGUGUCGCCGGCUCCGAGCGGUGCACGUAAAAGGCGGCUCACCCAGGCCAGGUCGUCAGUCGACCCAGAGCCAUCUCAGGAGUCAGAGCAGCAGACCCCAGGAGACCCAGGGAGCUGAACACAGAGAGACGCGGGAAGACACCACAGAGAGACGAGCGCAGCCGCCAGAGAUGAAAACGUUCGGCGCGAUCCUCCUGGCCUCGUUGGCAGUCGCAGUGCGUUCUGAUGGAGGCGGAGGCGGUCGUCAUUUCGGUGGUGGCCACGGCGGGUUCCGUCCGGCUCCCUUCCAUGGAGGAUAUGGCGGCCCUGGCCCUAUCGGCCCUAUCGGUCACGGCCCUAUCGCCCACGGCCCUAUUGGCCCGGUCGGCUACGGCGCCGGAUACGGCUAUGGCGGCCACAGCCACGGCUACAGCAUCCGGCCGACCAAGUUCAUCCUAGAGGUCGGAGAGUACGGCAGCGGGGGCGGCUUCAAGGGUCACGGAGGUCACGGAGGUCACGGCGGACAUGGGGGCGGCGGUGGCCACAAGGGCGGCCAGGGCGGCCACAAGGGAGGCCACAAGGGCAAGGGCGGAGGCGGCGGCCGCAAGAAGAUCAUCCACGUGCACCACUACCACCGCACCCCGGUGUACACCCACCCCGUGCCCGUGCCCGUGUACGGCGCCCCUGCCCCCGUGUACGGCGCCCCGGCUCCGGUGUACGGCGCCCCGGCCUUCCACACUCAGGGUCGCAAUAUUGGAGGACCCGGACCGAUCGCUGUCGGCCACGGAAACCGCGGCAGCAUCUACCCGGCUCCGCGGCCGCCGGUGCACCCCCCCGUGUCGCCGGUGCACCCUGCGCCUGUCCACCAGCCGCACCCAGUCCCUGUCCACCAGCCGUACCCCGCUCCAAUCGUCCACCCCGCACCCAUUCACCCUGCUCCUAUCCACCCCGCCCCCAUCAAUCAGGGCUUUGGACCCAUCAAGCAGCAGGGUAUCACCUUUGACUCCCAGGGCGCGUCGUUCGACUCCCAGCGCGAUUUGUUCAUCUCUCAGGGCCCCGUGACCACCAGCACGACGACGACCAUUUCUCAGGGACCGGUCAUCCACUCGGACGGCGGCAGCAGCGUGUCGCAGUCGCUGGGCCCCGUUCGGGAGACGUUCACCAGCAGCUCCCAGCAGGCCGAGAAGCCGCUGCCGCCCGUCUUCUCCUCGGGCAGCGCCGUGGACGUGCCGCAGUCGGCCGGACCGCUGCCGCUCGCCACCGGGGAUGACAGCUUUGACGACAGCUUCCCGCCGCACGGACAGUCGGCCGGGCCGAGCGUGUCGCUCUCCGACGCUGUGGAGGUGCCCCAGCAGGACUUUGACAUCAGCGCGCCGCUCAACAACGGGCUCUACUCUACCCCCAACCGGAGUUAGAGGCCCCGCCGCGUACUAAUGUAGGAUAGAAAAUGGAGUUGAUGUGUCGGCAGAGUGUUCGAGCCUUGUGUGUCUGAGGCUGAGAUACCCCAGCACUAUCGAAUGCUCGAACAGCAAAGAGAGUUACGUACUUAACCGCCUCAUCUUUGCCUUGGACUCACGCCAGCACACUACUCUUCCUUAGCUCAAUGAUACUGCUCAAUGCGUUGUUAUGUGACUUGUUUUUUUUUACGGCACGAGCGAUCGCACGUGUCGACUGCCAUUGUGUGAUUGUAUCAUCUGCCAUUGCAUGAUUUUUUGUUACAUACCAGUGCCAGUGGUGUGACUGGAGAGACGAAAUAAACCUCAAACCAG